AUGCCCAACGCACCUCCGGUCCCCAACCUCGCCGGCGGAGAUAGCCAUCCUAGACGCAAACCCACCGCCCCGGGCCGCGGGCCAGUGCUCGAGCGGAUACCACCAGCAACAUAUCGAAUCUUGGCAGUGGAACCCCUGAUCCACCGCCACCAGUCGCCACGGUCUCCCCACCCUCACAGCCGUGGUGGCGUGGCCACCGCCCCAGCACCCAGACUCUGCCUCCACGCAUGCUCAUCAAAUGAGGCAGUGACGGGGCUGCUAAAAGACCUAAACUCCAAAUUUGCUCUCAAGGAUUUAGGAGACUUGCACUUCUUCCUUGGCAUUGAAGUUAAGAAAACCAGGGAAGGUCUUCAUCUUUCUCAAGAAAAAUAUGCAACUGAUCUUCUGAGUAGAGUUGGCAUGCAAGCCUGCAAACCAUCACCAACACCUUUGUCCAGUACAGAACAGUUGUCACUUGCAGAAGGAGAGCUAUUGAAUCAAGAGGAUAGCACCAGAUACAGAAGUAUAGUAGGUGCACUUCAGUACUUGACUCUUGCUCGUCCUGAUAUUUCCUUUGCUGUGAAUAAAGUGUGUCAGUUUCUUCAUGCAUCUACUACAGCUCAUUGGACAACUGCAAAGCGUAUCUUAAGAUAUGUGAAAAAUGCUCCAGACAUUGGUCUAACGUUCAGCAAGUCAUCUUCCACACUUGUCAGUGUUUUUUCUAAUUCAGAUUGGGCGGGUUGUCCAGAUGAUAGAAGGUCAACAGGAGGAUUUGCAAUAUUUUAUAGGCCAAAUUUGAUCUCUUGGUGUGCAAAGAAACAUGCUACAGUCUCAAGGUCAAGUACAGAAGCAGAGUAUAAUGCCUUGGCUAGUGCUAUAGCAGAAAUUAUCUGGGUGCAGUCCAUGCUUAAAGAACUUGGUGUAAGACAAACUCAAUCUCCGUGUCUAUGGUCUGACAAUUUUGGUGCUACAUAUCUUUCUACAAAUCCGGUCUUUCAUGCAAGAACAAAACACAUCGAGAUAGACUUCCAUUUUGUCAGAGAAAGAGUUGCCAACAAACAACUGAAGAUAAGGUUUGUACAUUCAAAAGAUCAUAUUGCAGAUGGUCUUACAAAGGCAUUGCCGACUAGAAGCUUUAAAUCAUUCAAGCGUAAUCUCAACUUGUCAAGGUUGUGA